UUGUGCGUGUCAUCGCUCCGCUUGACGUCAGGUCGCCGCUGCUCUUUGCGAAGGAAUGUGGCUGCUACAUCGCUGCGAGGAUGGGAGUCAGACAGAUGUUUUGAGGAGACAGUGUUAGGACUGCAUGAUGUCAUUUUAUGAAAUAAUCGUGAUGCUCAUGACAACAUGGUAGUUAUCUCCAGCCCUGACCGGCACAGAAGAACAUCUGACUAUAUUUGAACGUAAGAGUUGUUAUUCAGUCGUUUGACCUGAUAUUUGCUUCUAAGCAUGGACCCUUGACUUGAUCGGCCAUCGCGACAUUCUGUUACGCUUUUCCUUUUGUUAUCACACGAGGAGUCGUCAGGUGCAGUCCCACUCUUUUACUACCUGCUUGUUCUGAAGCCUUAAAAUGUUUUCGGCCCUGAAGAAGCUGGUGGGGUCUGAGCCGGGGCAGCUCAGGGAUAAAAACAUUCCCGCCGGCCUGCAGUCCAUGAACCAAAGCUUGCAAAGACGCUUUGCCAAAGGAGUUCAAUACAACAUGAAAAUAGUUAUCCGAGGGGACAGGAAUACUGGAAAGAGUACCUUAUGGCACCGACUGCAGGGAAAGAAGUUUGUGGAAGAGUACAUACCCACUCAGGAGAUCCAAGUCACGAGUAUUCAUUGGAAUUACAAAACUACUGAUGAUGUGGUGAAGGUGGAGGUGUGGGACGUUGUGGACAAAGGCCAAAAAUACCCUCUUCCUGAAGGUGUAGGCAAAGGAAAACGGCGGGGGGAAAAUUUAAAGCUGGAGAAUGAGCCGCAAGAGUCAGAUGAGGUGGCCCUGGAUGCAGAGUUCCUGGAUGUGUACAAGAACUGCAAUGGAGUCAUCAUGAUGUUUGACAUAACCAAGCAGUGGACGUUUAACUACAUCCUGAGGGAGCUGCCCAAAGUCCCCACCCAUGUGCCGGUGUGUGUCCUGGGGAACCACAGGGACAUGGGCGAACAUCGCGUCAUUCUGCCUGAUGACAUAAGAGACCUUAUUUCUGGGCUUAACAGGCCGAUGGGGGCAUCUUAUAUCCACUAUGCUGAAUCGUCUAUGAAGAAUGGGUUUGGCCUAAAGUAUCUGCACAGGUUUUUCAACAUUCCCUUCCUUCAGCUGCAGAGAGAGACCCUCCUGAGGCAGCUGGAGACCAACCAGCUGGACAUGGAUGCCACCCUGGAGGAGCUCUCUGUCCAGCAGGAGACCGAAGAUCAGAACUAUGAGAUUUUCCUGGAGAACUUGGAGUCUCGCAGUAAGGGCUAUGGUUCUCCUGGUCCAGCCAAUGGUCAGAGUCCCUCUUCCGGCUCCCAGUCCCCCAUCGUUCCUCCCAGUGGGGCCUCCACAGGCAGCUCCAGCCCCAGCACCCCACAGCCACCAAUCCCCUCCCAGGCGCUUCCACAGUCACCGUCUGUGACUGCCUCGUGCCCUCCACCUCCCCCAGUUGGCAGGGCGGCUUCACCCACAGCUGAGAUUAAACCAUCAGCCCAGUCACCAGAACACCAGCAGCUCCCAGCUGCACCCGAAGGAUCAGCCCCUCAGAAACGCAGUUUCAUUUCCCGCUGGUUUGGCUCAUCUCCUGCCUCUGAUGCUCCUGCUUCUGCUGCGGAGGACCCUCCAGCACCGGCGUGUCCUGCUAAGGUGCAGAGUGUGGAUGACUUUGUACCAGAUGAACGGUUGGACAGGAGUUUCCUCGAGGAUAGCCUUCCUUCAAAAGGCAAGGCGCCUCAAAGUGCAGCAGCUCCAGCUGUGGACAGCGACAGUGAUGGUGAAGAAAGAGGAAACCCGAUGGUGUCUGGUUUCCAAGAUGAGCUGGAUCCUGAUGACACCAAGCCCAACCUUCCUCCAGCUAAAACCGUGCCCCCCAGUAAAGAUAUCACUCUAACCAGUGAUGAGGAGGAAGGAGAUCAAGCAGCCCCCACAAUCACACAGGACCAAGACCUGGACAGUGAACCCGAUCUGAAACUACCUGUGGUCCACCUCACAAAGCCAAAGGAGAAAUCCAAAGCUCCAGAGCCCAGAGGCCAAACCACAGCACCCAUCUCCCUCGCUUUAACCCCUGCAGCAGAGCAGCCCGCUCGACACCAAGGCAAAAAGAAGGGAAACACUCCUAAAGCUGAGGACUCGGACACAGAUCCCGAGGCGCCUGUUGCCCAGCAGAUGCUUUCUUUCAUCAUGGAUGACCCCGAUUUUGAGUCUGAAGCAUCCGACACCCCAAAAAUCACAAAGGAUUCAUUUCCAGUCAGAGAUGAGCUUCUGUCCGACCUCUCCGAUGAUGACAUGCCUUUAGCCAAGGUGCCAGAACCACUGAAACCCACUGUGAUCUCCUUCAAACCCAAGGACGAUACCGACCUGUUUGGCCUGGGAAUCCAAGAGGAGCCUCCUGCAACUAAAGACAGUAGCGAAGACCAAGAAGAGAAGGAAAGCAAGCACUCCUCCAAAGAGAAGAAGAAGAAAAAGAAGAAGAGCAAGGAGGAAGAUGAGAAGAGCAAAAAGAAACACAGGCACAAGAAAAAGGAAAAAGACGAAGACGCAGCCACUGCAGGAGAUGAAAAAGAGAAGAAGAAGAAGAAAUCUCGGUCCAAGAAAACCGAAGUGGACGAACUGGAAGACUUCCUGGGUGGAGGAGCAGGAUCAGUUAAAAGAGAGGACGGCGAUUAUGAAGAACUAUAAAAGCUCCGGUUUAAUUAGGACACGAAGCCGUGGAAGGUCAGCGAGAAGCGUGGCCGCAUAAGACCUCCUGGAUUUUAGAUUUGUGUGUGCGUAACGCAGUGUUUCCAAGCCAUACACUAUCGGCACGACUACCAACUGCACCCAGAUUCUGCUUCCUGGGUCUUCUCACUGAUUGCUUUCCAUCAAUAAGAAAAGGCUGGAGGACCCACACGUAUGAGAUAAAUGUGAUGAUCGGUCACAGAUCAGCUCUUUGUACUUUAACAUGAUUGAAUAAUGUUGAUUUAAGGUUUUCUUUGGUUUAUACACUCAGAAUCAGCUGCUGUAAAUAUGGUUACAAUUUAGUCUGAAUGUUUGUGUGGUUGGUGUCGUAGUUGCGAGCAUGCUCUAAGUGAUGACUGACUCCUUGAAAACUCCAGUUUUCUCAUCGUUCCUUCCUCGUUGGCUCAAAAGGUUAAUGACAGAUUUAGUCUUGUGUUUAAUUAUGGAAAAAAAAAAAACAUGUUGAGUGGGCUGAUUUAUGAAUGGCUUCUUAUUUCUCUCCAGGAUUGCAUUGUUCACACUAAGUCAGCUUCUUUCUUAGUUUCUGUCAUGUUUGUCUGCACUUAAUUUGUUCUCACCCACAACUGACUAAUGGUCUCAAAUAGGGAGAUGUCUUUAAGCUGAAAAGUAUCUGCUGCUUUUCUAUUUGCCACCAUAGCAGCCGUUCGUGUGCUUUUCCUCUGCUGGUUGGGGUCAGUUGAUAUUUAAACAACUUUUCCACAGGACAGAAUCUGUUUGGCAGAAAGUCAUUGUGUUAAGCUCAGAAAAGAAAAAUCUGCAAUCAUAAACUGAUGAAAAGCAAAAAAGCCCGGACUGUACGUGGAGUUUUUCCAUUACAUGCUGCUGUAUGGUUCAGCUCGGUUCCUUGCUUCCUUUUUCCUCUCCUGAAACCCAUCAACAUGGUUCAGAUCACAUCUGCUGCAGCAACUUAAAUGCAAGACAUGCAACUUUGCACAAAUGUUUGCAAUGGAAUUGAUUAAUAAACGUGCUCACGGUUUAGUUAGUAAUGCACACAACAUGCAGUGCGUCUGUGGGUUAUAUUGUAAUUUGUGCGGCAGCUUUAAAACAUCAUAGAGGAGGCGAAGUGUUGGUGUGUGCUGCAGCAGAGACGUCAUUUACACCGAGUGAUGAUUCUCAGUGACUGAUCGUUUCCAUGUCACUGCAUACCAAAAAAAAAAAAGAAAACAGUAACAUGGUACAACCUACAGUGGAAAAAAAAGAAGUCAAACCAUAGCAUGAAAUGGAAAAUCGCCACUGGGCCCGAGGGUUAGCAUGUGACUCGUCUGUGGACUUAACAUUGGAUCAGCCUGACCACAUCAGCUACUGUAAUCAGUCUUCGUGCUGUUGGCUUCAUCAGAGUCUGACGUGGGGUGGCCACACAGCAGUUCUCCCCAUUUUCUCUGCAAUUGCCUUAAAGAAGGUCACUACAAGGGAAUGAUGUGCAGCUGUCCCCCAGAACCAUUUUAAGUGUUCUUACUGUAAACUGUUUGCUAGCUCCGUAGGGUUUAGAAAGUUGUCCUCACCUUUUAUUGGUGGAUCUGUAGCAUCCGGUGAUAAGAUUGCAGUGAAACAGUACAUUUAUUUGUCUUCUGCUUCGGUUUGAUUCUCAUUGAGCAGCACUCCUUUUAAAGGACAAUGUUAAUAUUUCUAAGUGCAACAUUUCCAGGAUUUUCUCAUUAUUUUAUCCUUGUGUUAUUUAUUAUUGCUUGUAUUUGUGUUGCUAAACUUCAGGGUUUUCCUUGUGUGAUCUACUUUGCGUUCAGGCUGUCCUUAAUGGUCAAACUGAAAAUACACCUUAUUGUGGGUCAAAGCUGGUCACAUUUCUGAAAUUUCCUCCUGUAAUGUACACAGUAUGGAUGUUCAUUUACGCAGCUUUUUAAGGAAAUGCACACAGCGAUACGAACUCUUCACGUUACGUCUUUUGUCCCAAGGACCUAGCUUGUCUGCUCGUGAUAAACUUGAGAUGCAUCUUCCAUAACUCACAUCAAGCAGGUGAAGCAUCCAAGGGAAGUGAUGUGUAUUUUUGAACAAAAUUUCAUAUCCUGACAGAUUUCAUACAGUUGUCCAUCUCCUGCAGGCAGACGGUUACACUCUGUUGGUUUACAAAGAAAUAAUGUUUGAUAUUCCAAAGUUGAAACUAUGCAGCAUUAAUCCUGAAUACUGUGUGCUUUUUUAUUUUAUUUUUGUCUUGUUUAAGGAUAAAUGCUGAUUACAGUUUCAAGCAAAGCAUGAGACUUAAAUGUACAGCAAGAAAAGAAUGUAUAAAGUAUAUAAAAUAUAAAUAUAUAUAUUUGAAGAGCUCUGUUCCAAAAUGGCCUACACCCCGUGGAAACUAUGCCACUGAAAUGUUUGAAUAAAGGACAGUCAUGUCAAAUUCUGCUGACAAAGUAAUAACAUUCCUCAGAAUGAUAUGCACUUUAGAAAUUUUGUGUUUCAGGUAUUUUUUUCACAAAUGGAUGUAUAACAUUUUGGAAUAAAACCCUUCAUAUAUUUUUCA